CAUUGAACGGUGAGGCACCAUUCAGGCACGGUUUACGCUGGUCGGUGAUAGGUUGCUUUAAUUUUCGAUCCACGGAGCACUGUAAUCAAACAACGCACACACGGAGGUGGACAGUUUCUUUCACCAUGAACGUGUUUCAGCCAUUGCUGACGAUCGCGGUGCUGCUGCUGGUGUGUGGCAUUGCGCUGCCUGCCCAUGCCGAUACGUUCAAGUACGAAGAUGGCAUUCCGGAUGGGCGCUGCCCGCAGUACGACAACCCAAUGAGCCCGGUCCAUCUCGCCAUCCCGACCGAUUGUACCAAGUUUCAGAAGUGCUUCAACGGGCGUGCCUUCACGAUCAGCUGCCCGCCCGGCCAAGAGUACGGUGUGCAGCUGCAGCGCUGUGACUAUCCCAUCUUUGCCCGCUGCCAGCAGGGUUAUGUGAAGCCACAGCCGGCCGGCUUUAGCUACGAUGCGGGACAGGUCGAUACACGGUGCCCGCGGUUCGAUGAUCCAAUGAAUCCGACUCACCUGGCGCACCCCACGGACUGUAGACGGUUCUUCAAGUGUUUCGAUGGCCGCGCAUUCGAGCUCGAGUGUCCAAUUGGGCAGGAGUGGGGCAUUCGGCUGAACCGUUGCGACUAUCCGUCCCUUGCACGGUGCUCUCUGGGUCGGCAAGCGGAAAAGCCAGCCACUGAGAGCGACAAGCAGAAAGUUGUGGAGAAAGCCGAAGAACCAGAGCAGACCGACGAAGAGUCAUCCGUCGGCUUUGCUAAGCCAGUGAAAGCUGGCUUCAACUACGAUUCGGGCGUGAACGAUGUGCGCUGUCCCAAGUUUGACGAUCCCUACCGGCCGAUCCAUCUGUCCCAUCCGACCGACUGUCGCAAGUUCAUGAAAUGUUUCGAUGGGCGCGCCUACACGAUCGACUGUCCGGUGGGGCAAGAGUUUGGAAUGCGCAUUAACCGCUGCGACUAUCCCCAGUUUGCCCAGUGCUCGGUGCAGAAGAAAAGCCGUAAAAGCUUGGGCAAGGCGGCUGCCAGCGAUGAUUACUACUACGACGAUGACUACUAUCUGGACGACAUUCCGCUCGAUUCGGCCGAAUGGACGCCGGAGCAGCGCGAGAUGAUUGAGGGCAUUAAGGAUGGACGCUGCCCGAAAACUGACGAUCCGGCCGAACCAGUCCACUUCAUCCAUCCGCGGGAUUGUGGCAAGUUCUACAAGUGCUACGAUGGGCGCGCCUAUCUGAUCCUGUGCCCGGCCGGGCAGCACUGGAGCGUGCGGUACGAUCGGUGCGACUACCCGAAGGUGGCCAAGUGUACGAUUCGUGGUAGCUAGGAUGGUGGCGGCGGCGUUCCGGAUGAAGGGAGGUUAGAAGUAGAGUUAAGGAAGUAUUUAUUUGUUCGAUAGACACACACACACAACACACACACAUAGAAACAUUCGAGGCGCGUGAGUAGAUGCGUUGACAAUAAAUGGUACAUACACAAAAGUGAGCAAAUGAAA